AUGGUCGGCUUGGUGAGCUCGGGAAAGAACGCAAUGACAUGGCGAUGGCACCACCCAAUGGCACACAACAGCACCACCACCACCCCCACCGCCACUGCCAUCGACAAAACACGACGACCGAAAUACAUCAUUUUCGUUCGGGUUGCUGCUCCUUCUGAAUCCCUCAGGUGCGAUUCCACCCAAGCCGGUGGAGUAGCGAUUUUACAAGUUCUAAACCUCCGCAGCAACGAACGUUCCGGGCCUAUUCCUUCGUCGCUGGGAGUAGGGCGAGCUCUGCAGCUGGUACUCCUCAACAGCCACCAACUAUCGCCAACUCUUUCAGGUGCCAUUCCACAUCAGCUGGUAACCCUGAUGGCGCUACAGAAGCUUCGUCUUGAGCAGAGCCAGCUUACCGAUGGGAAGGUUGGUGGUGCUACAGGAGCUACCGCACCUUGGCGAGAACUACACCCCUUUCCGAUAAACCAGAACUUGUGGCAGCUAACAAAGCACGUUUCGGGCCGCCGCAGGUCAGGAAUACUCCCGAAGGUUUCUACAGGCAAACGCCAGGUGUGA